CCCCCAACCCCCCUUCCCCCCUUCCCGUCUCACCUCACCUCCCCCUCCCUGCUCUGGCUACAGAAGCAGUGAGUUAUGCAGUCCUUCCGUGAGCGCAGCGGUGGUUACCACAGCAACCAACCCUGCUACCAGCAGGAGCCCCAUGAAUUAUCCCGCCUGGAGACCUACCGACAACACCCGCAUCAUCCCCACCCACAGCACCCACAUCCGGGCCCUGGUCCACAUCCGGGCCCAGGUCCAGGGCACACCAGGUCAGGGUAUGAGGCCCAUUCCUUAGCAAACACAGCAAGCAUGCCUCCCACUGGAGGAGCCGGAAUUGGAGGUGGAUCCAAGGACUGUUACAGCCAGCAAACCUAUGCUGGUUACCCUGGAAAUGGUGGAAAUGGAAAUGGAAAUGGAAAUGGAAAUGGAAAUGGAGGUUCAGCAGCUUCACACACAAAGAAAUCCUUUAGAGGGAGCAAAGUUCCCCCACCAAGCCCCAGUCAGCACCUACAAGGUCCUGGGGGCUACAGUAACCAUAUGGGGAAUUAUUCAGCCCAGUAUAUGAGUGAGGGGCACCUGCAGCAGAAGUGGGAAGACCCAUCCCAACUAGCACAGUAUGACCAGGAGACGGUGGGGCGUUUGGAAGCUGUUGGUGCCCCCACACCUGGCUCCUCCCAAUACAUGGACCCAAACAUGUUAGGACACUCACAAACUCAGUGCCACCAGCCAUCUACUCCUACCUAUACGAGCCCCCACCAUCAGCCCCACCCUCCUAAUCCUACCCCUUCACCUCUUAUGUAUCCCCAGAGUCACCUGCACUACCCACAGCAUUCCCCCUCUCCAUUGCCAUACGUGGAGAAGUGCAGUCCAAUGCCCCAUUGUUAUAAAAGUUACAACAUGCCUCCGAAUUCCCAGUAUGCCAGACAAAUGAGCACCCACAGCAGUCUGAAGCAGGGGGGAUACAGGUCAACACAGAACAGUUAUGGUUACCAGCAGCAACCUUCCAGGGGUUAUGAGCAGCAGCCCUCUUUACAGACGAUGACCAGCCCACAAGAACCUCACCCUAAAUAUCAACACUACAGCCAAUCCCAACAAAACUACUGUCUUUCAGAGCUGCCUGUCAGAUCGCCUGAACAGUACUAUCAGACUUGUAGCCCCUCCUCAAGUCACUCUCCUGCACGCUCUGUAGGACGCUCACCCUCAUAUAGCUCCACACCCUCACCACUAAUGACCAAUCCAGAGUCAUUCCAGUAUGGUCAACCACCUAUGACCCCUGGAGCAGCCUCCUCUUCAUCAUCCUCCUCAGCUGGUUUGCAGGAGCAAGCCAGUACCAACCCUCUGUUGAUGCCCCCACGGUCACACCCCUCACCCAACGUACCCCAUGCAGCUCCCCAUAGCUACACAACCACACCACAAGUUCCCACCAUGAAAGAGCGUUUCUCAGAGAAGUUACUAACAAACCCCAGUUUGUGGAGUCUGAAUGCACUCACCUCUCAAGUGGAAAACAUCUCCAAUAAUGUCCAACAACUACUGCUUUCAGAGGCAUUGGUUGCAAACAGGAAGAGCAGCAAGCGCAGCAGCGGUGGAAGCAACAGCAGUGCUGGAAGUGGAGUAUCAUCCAAAAAGGGUGAAGAGUACAAAAGUCCUCCAUAUCCUGACAGUUUUGUUAGUGUGGGUGGGGGACCCAUGCAGGACCCUUACUCUACUCCACAGCACCAGCCAUUGCCCAUGGAACUUCAUGAAGGUGGGUACUCUAGCAGUAGUGAUGAACCACCAGACAGGGGUUACUACUACUUUGGCCAGGGCAGAAGCCCAGCCCAGGCCCAUAACAACACACAGCUUACCCUGGACACAGCCUCCUCUUGCUCAAUGGCAUCUCCAGAUGAUAUGUCAACCAGAUCUGGUGACUCAGGUCUGCACAACCUUACCCCUGAUCCAACCAGAUGUCAGACAGGGCAUGGAGGAGAUGGCAUGAGUACUCCAGUGAAGAGCAUUGGUGAUGAGAGGUCUCCAACAAGCAUAACAAUCCCCAGUCCUAUGAAACAAGAAAGAGAUUCUCCAUCAGAUAUACAACAUAUCAAUGAGCCAGUAAAAGAGAAUUUUGAAGAAUCAGCCUGGACAGACAAAUCUGCUGAGAAAGAGGAGGCAAUAACAGAAAACACUCUUGACUGUGAUCGAAAUUCAGACACAACUAAUUUUACAGAAAAACUAGAGAAAUGGUCAGAUGAAGAAAAGUGCUCGCCUGUAUACAGCAAAGUGGACACGGUGAUGAUAGAAAAAAACUACUGCUAUGAUGAGACAGUGUACCAAGAAGUCCAGAGCAAAUAUGACCCUAAUGCAAGAGACUCAGUCGAACAGUCCCCAGUUCUCUCUGACUCCAGCAACAAAGAUCAUUUUGGUCAAGAGAUGAAAUCAGAAACAUUCAAAUCAGAAUCUCCAACUGUAUCUGAGAGCUCUGUGAAAACAUUGCCUUUCAUUUCAAGGGGUGACCUUGAACAGGAUCAGUAUUCCACAGAAAAAGAGGACAGCUCAGAAAACACAUCUCCAACCCCUCAAGUUGAUGCUUUGGAGGACUGCACCUCAGACAAUAGAGAGAGCAGAGAUCAGGAGAAUGAAGGGGUAGAGAAGGAUGGGACAGGAGAGGAAGAGGAGAUGAAUGAGGAAGAACAACAAGGAAUAAAGAAAAAGCAGAAAAGUUCUAUCUCCCCUAUUUUAUCUAGAGAAGUUAGCGAGGAACUAGGUGAGAGGGAGAAUGUUAGCCAGUCAUCAGCUGAAGAGCACAUAAAUAACAGAGAAAGUCAAGAAAAUCUUUCUGGAGAGCUCUGCAACAGAACAGAGAGUCUGAAUUCUGAGUUAAAAACUGAAUAUGACUUUGUAGGGGCACCUGCCCAUCUAACUACAGCAGCAGAUGCCUCAACAAGGGAGUCUGCCAUUGGUGACACUGCUCCUCAGCCUCAUUCUGCUAUGCCAGUCUUCUCUGCUCUCAAUGACAAGACAGCACCUCCAGCUCAGUCUAGAGAUCAUAUUGAUCAUAGUGAUGCUAAAGUGCUGGAGCCAGACUCUCCUCAGCUGCCAGGGAAGUCAAUACUGCCCUCAGCCCCUUCCUGGGCAGACACUCCACCAUCCCCAAAAAAAGGUGAUGAGGAUGUAGAACCUGGCAUCAGCUGCGCUAGUGCUGUGACCCCACUGGCUAAACCAGAGCCUGUGGCCCCAUCUGCUCAGCCAAGGGCAUAUGGACGUAAGCAUGCCAGGGGCAGAAGGAGAAUCAUGCAUUCAGGUGUGGCAAUCAGGCGACAGCUAAACUUGGAGAGGGAGUUGGAGAAGGACGAGGAAGGUGACAACUCAUCUACACAAAAACAAAGCAUGCCUCCAAGCAAAACUGUGCUGUUAUCAGAUCAAACUGACCUAGCCCAUCAAGAAUCUAUUGCGAGUCAGACUUCCAAAAUGAUGACAGAUGGUUUUCGAUCAAGAAUGUGCACUCGCUCAUUCAAUGCAUCAGAUUUGCCACCUAAAGUUGAACCUCAUGUAAAGAGAAAACCAGGCCCCAAAACUGGUUCAAAGCCUGGACCAAAACCAGGGCCAAAACCUGGGCCAAAGCCAGUAGCAAAACCAGGGCCAAAACCAGGGCCUAAACUUGUUCUAAAACCUGGCCCAAAACCUGGCCCAAAACCAGGACCAAAACCAGGUCCAAAACCAGUGCCAAAUGACACAGAACUGCCACCAAAAGUUGAGACUAAUGUAAAACGAAAGCCAGGACCAAAACCAGGUUUAAAACCUGGACCAAAGCCUGGACCCAAACCUGGAUCAAAACCUGGUCCAAAACCAGGUCCAAAGUCAGGUUCAAAACCAGGACCUAAGCCUGGAUCAAAGCCUGUAGAUGUUUUGCCCACUAUAGACACUGCUCCCAUCAAAGCCACAGUGGGUCGCCCAAAAGGCUCAAUCUCUAAAGCAAAAUUAGUGCAACAAGAGGACACGAGUCAACCUUUCCCAGGAGUGCAAAGCAGGGGCAGAAAGAGCCUAAAAACUCCAGUUCCCCAAGAAAACCAAGGUAUAAAACCAUUACAAGAGAAUAAACAAACACAACAGGAGGUAAAAGCUCCAGAGAAAGAGAGUAAGAACAUGGUAUUGAGAUCAAGAAAGCCCUCACAGGAAAAAAUGCAAAAAGAAAAAGAGAAAAUUGUAAAGCAGGACAUUCAAACCCAGACAAUAACAGAAAUUAAAGUCAGUGACGUUUCUCCAAAAUUAGAAGAACCCAUUGCUGUAGAGCAAACUCUAAAUACUAGUGCUGAUGCAGUCCAAGCAACAGAUGUUUCUGGAGACUCACUUGCACUACCUACACCACCAGUUCCACCUGAACAAUCUGAGGAAAAUUCUCCCCCUCCACUGAAGAGGAAACUUAGCCCUGAACCUUGUACAACACCUGCAAAGAAAAAGAGGGGUCCAAAACCCAAACCAAAAUCCUUACAACCUCAACCCACCCUGCUAGAACAGGCUGUUUCUACACCUGAAGAGAAAAGUGUGCGAGGCCCCAGAAGAAGACGUGGACCACCCAAGAAAGCCUCUGAGGUCACUCCAGUAACCAAAGACACACUUUCAAAUGUCAGUGGGCCUGAGUGUGAUGUGCCUGUGAUGCCUCCUCAAUGUCCCACUAAAACAAAAGUUCUCCCACCACGUAAAGGCAGAGGGCAGAAAUAUGAAGCCAUGGUACAAAAAAUUACAUCUCCUAACUCAAAGAAACACCUACCAACUCCCCAGCUAGACAGCAACCUAUCUGAUGAUGUGACAGCCAAGGCUCUGUCUGAGCAUGUCUUAAAGGAAGGUGAGACAUCUUCUCAGAUUAAUAACACUGAGAUGAUAGACCCUGGAAAGGACAUAGUGAAAUAUCAAGAAGAGGCAAUCAGAAAAGAAGAGAUGACAGAAGAAAAAGAAAAUACCAGUGUGAGAAAAGAGGACCCAACACCAGAGGGGGUGAGACAAGGAGUGGAAGAUGAGGUUGUUAAUAAGAACGAGACAAGACAGGAAAACAUUAAACCAGGUAAACAGCAGGAUUUUGUAGAUGACAAGGUAUCAAGUUCAAUUGACACGUCAUUAAAAGUUGGGGCUCCAGGUGACUGGACACAGCAAACAACAAACAAUCUAUUGAUUGCUGCCUCUAAGUCCACCAGAACUAAAAGGAAGAGAUGGGCCAUGGUAGAGAGUACAGAUGUCUCAGCAGUAGCCUUGGAAGCUGGGAGUCUAAUAGUCACAACACCAAGGCUAGCCAAGCAGAGGGCCAUUAAAAACAACCAUGAAAUGCACCUUAAACAGCGGAGGAAGAAGAGAAAAGGCCAGGCCUCUUUAGAGGAGACAGAGACAGUUGAGGAGACAAACACUGAAGCAGCAGAACAGGAAAGGGAAGAAGAGAAGGUGACCCCCACUGAGUCCACAGUACAGCUGCCAAUUAGCCAGGACGAGAUCACAGAGGCCCCCCAGGUUGUCAGCACAGAACUCAUCCAAAAACCACGGAGAGGCCGAAAACCAUCAGCAAACCCAACCAAAAGAAAAAGAAGCAAGGCUUCAUCAGAGCAGAUUCCUGGCAAGCCAAUGAAGAUCCACAAAAAGCCUGGGCCAAAACCUGGGAUGAAAGAUGCUAUUGAGGUAAUUGAGGCGGUUGUAAGGGCUGCUGGAUGUGAACAGGCAAUAAAAGAGGAGAGAGAAAAAGAGGAAAGAGAAAGAAUGGAAAGAGACAAUACAGAAAACCAAGAGGCAUGUAUUGUGGGACCUGUAGUGACAGUAACAGAAAAACAGACUGAGGUCAUUACUGUGAAAAGAUUCAGACGCAAAACAGUCCAUCAAAAUUCUAAACUGUCAUUCUGUCCUUAUGUACGGAUUAACAACUCCAGAGAUUUUUCCUCCUGGUGUGCCAUAGUCAAUAAGCCUGAAGAUGUAGUGGUAUUUCAAAGGCGUAGAAAAAAGGGCAUACUUAGAAUGAGGAAUCCUUUCACAGUUGCAAAAGUAGUGCCACACACUGCUGCCAUGCUGCAAGGACCCAUGGUGAAUAGCAAACUAAUUGGUAGGUGUCUGACAUGUUGCCUAUGUGGGAAGCCAGCAAAUUACAAAGACCUUGGUGAUUUGUGUGGACCCUACUACACAGAAGACAGUGUUCCACGGAAGAUUUUGACUAUCACACACAGAGAAUCUUUCAGGGAAGAGUCAGACAAGACCAGCGACAACAAUAGUAGCACUGCUGAAGAGCCAGGCACCUCCUCAAAUAAUGAAAGUACGAUGAGCACGGAAAAGGAGGGAAAUACAGAGGCAUCCUCUCAAGACGCCAGCAGUAGCAGGCACCAUCAUUGGCGCCACAGACGGGCAGAGAGACCAGAAAGAUUGUGUCGCGAAGGUGGUCCACGAAGAUUAACUCUCAGAGAAAGAUUCAGGAAAAUGAAGCAACUCCAGACUAACAGCACAGGGGUCUCAGGGGACCAAGAGGGUAAUGACAGCAUGUUCCAAAGGCUGCAAAUGGAGGCAGAGGCUAAAGAGCAUUGGGCUCAUGAAAAUUGUGCCAUCUGGACCAAGGGAAUAAUUAUGGUAGCUGGGAGGCUAUAUGGACUAAAGGAAGCUGCCAACAACUCAGCCCAAAUGAGCUGCUACAAGUGCCAGAUUGUGGGGGCGUCCCUCAGCUGCUGUUGGAGAGGCUGCUCUCAUAAAUACCACUAUGUCUGCGCCAAAGAGAUAGGCUGCACAUUCCAUGAGGAUGAUUUCUCCAUCAAAUGUCCUAAACAUGAGGACCUGUAAGAUAGUCCAGUGUUACACUUCCAACACCAAUACCACCAUUCUGCCACCUAUCCUGCAAGGCAAAAUGCUGUCCUAACAGCCUCUAAAAACCUCGUGAUGACUGAUGAUGGAUAGGCAUGUUGGCCAGAGGCUGUCCUGAGGUGGAGCUGGGAGCAAUACAAACUCUGGAAAACCUCUCAGCAGGACACAGCUGCUCCCUGAACUCAGACUAGAAAUUUAUUUUCUCAACAGAGUUCCUUACAGCGAUGCAGAUGGAGAUAACGCUGCUUAACAGGAGGACUGAGUUUGUCAGGAGUCCAGUGCACAUUGGGACUGAUUGAAAUGCAAAGCAAGGAACUUACAUGUUCUGCCUUGGGAUAGGUUGUUAUCAUCCACAGACAACUGGCGGACACUGAUUGGGCAGGAAUAUCCCUUUGGCCACCCUGUCUGUGGACCAGUAGGUGCAUAUGUGUGUGUGUUUGUGUGUAUGUGUGUGAGACAGCCAUCGCAUUGUCAUUCCACAACCACAUUAUCACCAUGUAACUGUGCAUAUUUGUCUGAGAGUGAAAAAGAGCAUCUCUGAUUUGACAUCAUCCAUCAGUUAAAAAAAGAAAAAAAAUGCAGCUAAUCACUGGAUGUACUAUCUCAAUGUGCGAGUUUGUGUUCAAAACAAGAAACAAAAUAAGUUGAAUAAAGAAACUGUACAUCAUGAUGUGCUUUACAGGUUCUAAAUAUUCCAAUAUCCAAGAGUUGAGAGAAAAAAAUGGAAGCAGUAUUUUAAUAUAAUGCUCUUAUCUUUGGAGAUGUAUUUUGCUGUGCAUUAUGACUAAACAUCAUUGCGUCACACUUGGUAUAUGUCAGGCUUUGUGUUAUUCAGAAAUUAAAUAUAUAUAUGAAAAAUGAAACAAAAAUAUGAAUUCUGUUUAAGAGUUAAAUUCAACCGUGUACACAUUAGAUAUGUACAGUACACACCGCCGUCAUAUCAUGACAAGAUGCUGAUGAGGACUCCAGGGAUCCAACAGGAGUCAGGUCAUCUCACUUCAUAGCUAUGUACAGUUCAGUAUUAACUGUUAAACAUGUCAAUGAUGUAAGAUUAUCCCACAGCCAUGCAGAAAGACGUGCAUUCAAACCAGAUUCCAUAACACACCUGUCUGUUUGUGUAUCUAAAAUGUAGCCUCUUUUCACUCUGCCAUGCGAUAUAACAAUGCACUGUGCAGGGCGUCAGUUAAAAUUCUGGUCAUAUCAAACAGAGACAUUAUUUAAGUAUUAAAACAGAAAAAAGUGCAAAAACUUCACACCAAACGUUCUCUUUUAUGAAGGUCAUUAUUUAACAGUGUACAUAAGUAUUUGAUGCUGUUUAAAUGUAAGAUGUGAUGUACUAAUAUAAUUGUGUAUAGUAUUUCCUAGAGAUGUUUAUUUUCUAUAAAAUGGAAUAUGUUAUUGCUUAUAAAAUGUUAUUAAAAGAAUCCAUUGAGGAAAAAAUAAGAACCUUUUUGGGAAUGUCACUUGUCUUAAGUGGGAGCAUGCCGUUUUAUUGAUUUUCAUGUCUAUUUGUUUGGACUUGAUAACACAGCAUCACUUUGUUUGAACUGUUUUUUGUAACGCCAAUGUUAAAUAUACCAGCACCUUUCAAUGCUGCUAUGACCAA